AUCUAUGUGUGAGUUGGUUAGAAUCGCCGCUGGCUAUCACCUCAGAAUUACCUUGCCGUGCUGCCACUGACGAAUAGCGUUCAGUCGAGACCGAGCUCAUCCGCGAUACAGUUGCUUUUCGCAUUCAAUAGACAAAAUGGCUGAUGUACCAAAGCGUGAAGUUGAAAAUGUCGAAUUCGUUUUCGAAGUUAUGGGCUCUCCCGGUGAGGGUAUUGAUGCCUUCGAUCUGGGCGAUGCUCUGCGCGCUCUGAACUUGAACCCCACCUUGUCUCUGAUUGAGAAGAUGGGUGGCACCAAGAAGCGCAACGAGAAGAAGAUCAAGAUGGACGAAUUCCUGCCCAUUUACUCUCAGGUCAAGAAGGAGAAGGAACAGGGAUGCUAUGAGGAUUUCAUUGAGUGCUUGAAACUGUACGACAAGGAGGAGAACGGUACCAUGCUCCUCGCUGAAUUGCAGCACGCCCUGCUGGCCCUUGGUGAGAACCUGGAUGAUGAGCAAGUGGAGACUCUGUUCGCUGACUGCAUGGAUCCCGAGGAUGAUGAGGGCAUGAUCCCAUACUCUCAGUUCAUCCAGCGCUUGAUGAGCGAUCCCGUCGUCUUCGACUAAACACAUUCCUUGCAAGAAUGUGUGACAGACCAGAUGCGCUAUAAAUAGUUAUCAACAACAACAACAACAAAAUAACAACAACAACACCAAACAAAUUUAUAGCAACAGCCAUUCUCCAUAGAUGUUAUAUUCAUCGCUAACUCUCUCUAUCUCUCUCUCGUAUAUUAUUUUAAUUAAAAUUUACUUCUGCUACUACAACUGCAAAAUUGAA